AUGGACGCGGGCGCUGGGGCACUCGGCGAGGCGAACGCGACAGGCCUGUUGGCCUCACUGUUGAACGAGAACAGCGACCUGCAGACGCAGCUCGUGUGGCUGGUGCGACGGACGGUGCUGCCCAUAUUGCUGUUUGUCCUCUGGUUCCGGAACCAGUCCAAGUCCGACGACACGAAGUACCGGUACACUCGCAACACCGUCCUGGCCGCCCGCAAGGCGGUCGACGCCGACGAGGUGCCCGAGAGCCUCUCGAACCUGAAGCUGUUGGACGAGGCCUCGGUGCAGAAGGCCCUCGGCGGGCCGCCGCCGAGGGCGAGGGGCUCCGCCGACGCCGGCGCGAGGUCCGGCGCGGGGGCCCGACCGAAGCGCGCCCCCGCGGACAAGGCGCGCGCGGUCGACGCCCGCGGCAGGGGCCCCGCCGCGCGGACCGCGGAGGCCGCGCCCCGCAACGGCAUGCUCUGCGGGGAGGUCAGCGCGCUCGCCGCGCGGGAGCUCUCGGCGGCCGCUGCUCUCCCGCCCGCCGCGCCCUCGGUGCAGGCGGCGGGCGGCUCCAAGGGGCCGGCCAUGGGCGCCGCGGGCGGCCGCGGCCGGGCCGAGGUGAAGUAG